AUGAAUGAUAAGAAAGUACCCCAGUUUUUCAUCCCAGCAUCCUAUAAAGGACAUCAAACAAGUCCAACAUCUGUUCCCUCUGCCAAUAUUCGUCCUCAAAGUCCCUCCAGUACUACUUAUACAAACCGUCAAAGAAUCCCUGCUAGUCAGACUUCAAAUGAAAUUCGUCCACCUUCAUCUACAGCAAGUGGGACGACAUUCGCCAAUGGAAAGGCAAGUGAGGUGAAGAAUUCAUUAUUAUAUCCUUCGCCUACUGGUACAUUGGACUUAUCUCAUUACAAUUUUGUACCAGCACAAACCAACAAUAAAGAUUCAAAAUCAAAUAGACCAAAUGGUGGUUUAUCAAGUCGAACACUAGUUGCAAACAACAGACUGAGUAAUACACCUGACAAUACCGAUGGCAACAAUAAUGCAGAAUUUGUAGAUUCGGCACAGUUGAACGGAGGAAAUGGUGGAAAAGAGAAGAAACGAAGACGUUUCAGACGACCACGUAAAAAUAGCAAACUUGAUAGACUUAUACGGUUCCUUGAAGAUAAACGAGUCAAGGAUGAUGGAAAUGGAGAAGAGCUGGAAGAUUUACAGAUGCCAAGAUUGAGAAAAGUGCUAAACAUCAUAUUUGUCACGUUGGGUGUAUCUUUUUUGCUGGCUGUUAUCAUUGUGAUACUGUAUACUACAAUUGCUGGCGAUACUGACGCUUUAAAGGAUUUGUGCCAUCAUCGUAACAAACCAUCAUCUGGGUGUGAUAAUCAAACAGAUUUUGAACAUGCAGAUCUUGAAGAAGAUGAAUCCUCUGUAUCACCAACCACCCAUACACAUAUCUCUCCAUCAAGUUCCUCUGUGCCAGAAAUAAAUCAAAACUCUCAAAUUAUGUAUACAUCCCCUUCAGAAAACGAACAUUCCAAGCACUUGUUGUCAUCAUCUAAAAUUUACAACACGCCUGCACUACAAAGUCCGUUGGAUGUAAGUAUUAGUCAAAUUGAUGCGACAAACGAAGCAGUCACACGUGGGGGACCAUCAUUACCCCCACCACCAGAUAUUUAUUCAUAUAUUGAUACAUUUGAUGAUAUUUAUUUAACACCUACGAAUAAUGAAGGAAACUAUCCAUGGUCUCAUAA